CGCCCUCCCGCUCCUGCUCGGCGGCAGCCGACUGUCCCGGCCCUCGGCCGCGCUGCGGCGGGAAAAAGUGAAUCACCUCAUUCCCUUCUGUGGAUAAGAGGACUUGGGCUAGGAGCAUGUGGUGUGUCCUGCGAGGCUGGAGGCAAGGGCUCCUGGGCCUGCAUGGAGCCCUGGGGCUGCGGCAGCCCCUGGGCCUUCGAGCUCUGGCCCAUGUGGGUUCACAGAGCGGGGACGAGUACAGCUACGUGGUGGUGGGCGCAGGCUCCGCAGGCUGUGUGCUGGCCAGACGACUCACAGAGGACCCCAAUGAGCACGUGCUGUUGCUGGAGGCCGGGCCCAGGGACUUGUACGCAGGGAGCAAGCGGCUCUUGUGGAAGAUCCACAUGCCUGCGGCCCUCGUGGCCAACCUGUGCGACGACAGGUACAACUGGUGCUACCACACGGAGCCGCAGCCAGGCCUGGAUGGCCGGGUGCUGUACUGGCCUCGCGGCCGAGUCUGGGGAGGCUCCUCAUCCCUCAAUGCCAUGGUCUAUAUCCGUGGGCAUGCUGAGGACUACAACCGCUGGCACCGCCAAGGCGCUGAGGGUUGGGACUACGCCCACUGCCUGCCCUACUUCCGCAAGGCGCAGGGCCACGAGCUGGGUGCCAGCAGGUACCGCGGCGGUGAUGGCCCUCUGCACGUGUCCCGGGGCAAGACCAACCACCCACUGCACCAGGCAUUCCUGGGGGCGGCACAGCAGGCUGGCUACCCCCUCACUGAGGACAUGAACGGCUUCCAGCAAGAAGGCUUUGGCUGGAUGGACAUGACCAUCCAUGAAGGCAAGCGCUGGAGCACGGCCUGCGCCUACCUGCACCCAGCCCUGAGCCGCACCAACCUCAGGGCCGAGGCCCGGACGCUUGUGAGCAGGGUGCUGUUUGAGGGCACCCGUGCAGUGGGCGUGGAGUAUGUCAAGAACGGCCAGAGCCACACGGCUUACGCUAGCAAAGAGGUGAUUCUGAGCGGAGGCGCCAUCAACUCUCCGCAGCUGCUCAUGCUCUCGGGUGUCGGGAAUGCAGAUGACCUCAAGAAACUGGGCAUCCCUGUGGUGUGCCACUUGCCUGGAGUUGGCCAGAACCUGCAGGACCACCUGGAGGUAUAUGUUCAGCAGGCGUGCACCCGCCCCAUCACCCUCCAUUCAGCACAGAAGCCCCUGCGGAAGGUCUGCAUUGGUCUGGAGUGGCUCUGGAGGUUCACAGGGGACGGGGCCACUGCCCAUCUGGAAACAGGUGGCUUCAUCCGCAGUCAGCCUGGGGUCCCCCACCCGGACAUCCAGUUCCACUUCCUGCCGUCCCAAGUGAUUGACCAUGGGCGGGUCCCCACCCAGCAGGAGGCAUACCAGGUGCACGUGGGGACCAUGCGGGGCACGAGUGUGGGCUGGCUCAAGCUGAGAAGUGCCAAUCCACAAGACCACCCGGUGAUCCAGCCCAACUACUUGUCGACAGAAACAGACAUUGAGGACUUCCGUCUGUGUGUGAAGCUCACCAGAGAAAUUUUUGCACAGGAAGCCCUGGCUCCAUUCCGGGGGAAAGAGCUCCAGCCAGGGAGCCACGUUCAGUCAGAUAAAGAGAUAGAUGCCUUUGUGCGGGCAAAGGCUGACAGUGCCUAUCACCCCUCGUGCACCUGCAAGAUGGGCCAGCCCUCCGACCCCACUGCCGUGGUGGAUCCGCAGACCAAGGUCCUCGGGGUGGAAAACCUCAGGGUCAUCGACGCCUCCAUCAUGCCCAGCGUGGUCAGCGGCAACCUGAACGCUCCCACGAUCAUGCUCGCAGAGAAAGCAGCUGACAUUAUUAAGGGGCAGCCUGCACUGUGGGACAAGGACGUCCCUGUCUACAAGCCCAGGACCCUGGACACCCAGCGUUAAGGCAAUCACUGCCCCUCGACAAGCCAAGAGGGCCAGCACAGCCCUUGCUCCAAAUGUCCUUCCUGAAACUGUCUAGAACGUUAGGACCCAGGAGGCACCCUACUCCGUGGCUGAGCAUUGGAUAAUUCCUUGGGAAAUAAGAC